CUAAUUUCAUUUCAGUUGAAAAGUUGUGAAAAUGAUAUUCUUUAUUUUUCUCACAUUAACUGCAUUCUUUGUGUCUGGUGUUUUUAGCGAUGAUACAGACAAAGUGACCAUGAUGAAGGGAGAUUCAGUCACUCUACAGACUGGUGUUAAAACAAUCCACCUAGAAGAUAUGAAAUGGUAUUGCAAUAACAUUCGCAUCGCUCAAAUCAAUGGAGAUCAGAGUUUUAUCUGUACAGAUGUUCAGUGUAAUGAAGGUACUGAGAGAUUCAGAGACAGACUGAAGCUGGAUCAUCAGACUGGAUCUCUGACCAUCAGAGACAUCAAAACCACAGAAUCUGGAGAAUAUGAACUAAAGGUCAUUAAUAACAGCAGCAUCAGUGAAAAGAUCUUCAGUUUUGCUGUUCUUGAUGUUUCUGCAGCUGAACAAGAUCAAAUGAAGAGAAAGUCAGUGGAGGAGGGAGAAUCUGUCACUUUAGAUCCUGGUGUAAUAAAAAACCCAAAUGAUGUGAUGACGUGGUAUUGUAAUGACACUUUCAUCGCUGAAAUCACUGGAGAUCAGAGUAAGAUCUGUACAGAUGAUCAGUGUGAAGAGAGAUUCAGAGACAGACUGAAGCUGGAUCAUCAGACUGGAUCUCUGACCAUCAGAGACAUCAGAACCACAGACUCUGGACUUUAUAGACUAGUGAUAAUCAGCAGCAGCAGCAGCAAUUCAAAGAUCUCCAGAGUUGCUGUUCACGGUGUUCCUGCUGCUCAACGAGAUAAAAAGAAGACCAAGUCUGUAGUGGAGGGGCAAUCUGUCAGUUUAGAUCCUGGUCUAACCAAAAACCUAAAUGUUGUGAUGAGAUGGUAUUUUAAUGACACUUUCAUCGCUGAAAUCACUGGAGAUCAAAGUAAGAUCUGUACAGAUGAUCAGUGUGAAGAGAGAUUCAGAGACAGACUGAAGCUGGAUCAUCAGACUGGAUCUCUGACCAUCAAUUCAAAGUCAAGAAAGGUGUUCCUGCUGCUCAACGAGAUAAAAAGAAGACCAAGUCUGUAG